AUGUGUAGUAUAUGUGGUGAUAUUGCUCGUGGUGUCAAUUUUUCUGCUGCAUCAUGUAUGUCUUGUAAGAUGUUUUUCCGACGACAUGCAGAAUCAGGAUUAUUAGGACAACAAUGUCAUUUUGGUGGUAAAUGUAAAAUAACACAAACAACACGAAAAUUCUGUGCACCUUGUCGAUUAAAACUUUGUUUUAAAGUUGGAAUGGAUCCACAACUAAUUCGUCAUUCUCAACGACAAUAUAAUAAUAAUAUACGAUUACCAAAGUUAACAACUAUUGGUAUUCUUGAUAACGAUCGUUCAAUGUUAACAUUAGAUGAAUGGAAUCUUUUAUCGAAUAUCAUUAAUACUUAUGAUGAACAAAAUUUACUUAUACAAACGAAAGAUUUUUUUAAAAAUCAAUUUUCUUUACCACCGAAAAUUCGUUGUAAAGACUCAAAAAUUUUUAAUUAUAUUGGAUCAAUAUAUUCAACAUUAUAUACAUUUAUUGAACGUUGUCCUCUAUUUUAUUCUUUGCCUGUUACUAUUCAAAAAAUAUUAAUCAAACGUAAUUUAGGUUCUAUUGGAAGUUUUAAUGCACUCUUUAUAAGUAAAGAAAUGAAUGCAUUUGAAAAUGAAUCAUAUUCAAAUUUAAUUGAUGAUAUGUAUGGAAAUGGUCAAUCAAAACGAGCUAUUCAAGCAAGUCGUCGUUUAGAUGAGAAUGGAAUACUAAUUAAAAUCAUCUCCAUUCUUAUGAUAUUCUCAAGUAAUUGUACAAUUAUUUCAAUAGAUCAUUUAGAAAAUAUUCAUAUUGUAUUUAAUCCACAGAUAUUAUUACAUAUUGAGAAUUUAAUUGUAACUAUGCUUUGGAAAUAUUUAAUUUAUCAAUAUGGUUAUAAAGAAGGUAUUUUAAGAUAUGUUUCUUUAGUUAAAAGUAUAUUGGAUAUGAUUCAAAGAAUGGGUGAUGGUUUAAAUGUAAAGAGACAUUGGAAUAUGGUUGAAAAUAUUGCUGAAGAAAAACUGCGUUUAUUGAGUUUGAAAGAUGAUCUUUCAAAUAAUUAA